AUGACACAAGAAUUCAAAGUUAAAGCUGGAUUAGCACAAAUGUUAAAGGGUGGUGUUAUCAUGGAUGUUGUUACUCCAGAACAGGCCAAAAUUGCUGAAAAAGCCGGUGCAUGUGCGGUUAUGGCCUUGGAAAGGAUUCCAGCCGAUAUGAGAGCAUCGGGACAAGUGUGUCGUAUGUCAGAUCCAAAGAUGAUCAAGGAGAUCAUGGCAACAGUUUCAAUUCCGGUUAUGGCAAAAUGUAGAAUUGGGCACUUUGUUGAAGCUCAGGUUUUGGAAGCAUUGGAAAUUGAUUACAUUGACGAGUCCGAAGUGUUGACUCCAGCAGACAAAUUGUAUCAUAUCAAAAAGAAUCAAUUCAAAGUUCCAUUUGUAUGUGGCGCAAGAAACUUAGGCGAAGCCUUGAGAAGAGUCAGUGAAGGUGCAGCCAUGUUGAGAACCAAAGGAGAAGCUGGUACAGGAGAUAUCUCAGAAGCUGUGAGCCAUAUCAACUUGAUCAAACAACAAAUCGAUCAUGCUUUAUCGUUGAAAUCUGAAGCCGAGGUCGCCGCAUACGCGGAGGAAUUGAGAGUUCCUCUUGUAACAUUGCAAGAAUUGAUCGCCAACAAAGGAAAGUUCCCAGUUGUCAAUUUUGCUGCCGGUGGUGUCGCCACUCCUGCUGAUGCUGCUUUAUGUAUGCAAUUGGGAUGUGACGGUGUAUUUGUCGGUUCAGGUAUCUUCAAAUCCAAGAACCCCGAACUUUUAGCCAAAGCUAUUGUGAAUGCGGUCACCCAUUACGACGAUCCAAAGAAAGUUAUGGAAUACUCUACCGACUUAGGUGAAUUGAUGUUUGGUGUCAGUGUUGACUCUUUAAAAUCCAGUGAGAAGGUAUCUACAAGAGGAUGGUAG